AUGUCGCAGCCAGAGGUGACUCCUUCGGGGACGAAGGAAGCCCUGAGCGUUGAAGCACCACCGGCGACCGUCUCCCACGAUGGCGACCCGAGAUCGGCGCGGACUACACUCCAGAAGGUGUACGAUUGCCUCGCAUACGUGCCUCCGAGGUGUCGCUAUGACCCUGAGAGGCCAUUUCAGUUCUCAAUGGCGUUGAAUGUGCUGUUUGCAUUCGCGGGUUGCUUCACCGUGGCGAACCUCUACUAUACCCAUCCGAUCCUCAAUCUCCUCGCAGACGACUUCCACGUCACCGAUGAGCAAUCUUCCUAUAUCCCCACUUUAGCACAGGCUGGGUAUGCUGGAGGACUCCUGUUCUUGUGCCCAUUGGGAGACUUGGUCAAGAGGAGGCCUUUUGUGCUUUGGCUGGUUUGGUUUACUGCAACAUUAUGGAUUGGCCUCUGCGUGACUAAAUCCUUUGCUGCCUUUGGGGUCAUCACCUUUCUUACAAGUGUGACGACUGUGACACCUCAGUUGAUGCUGCCAUUGGUCGGCGAUAUGGCUCCUCCCCAUCGGCGGUCGACGGCUCUCUCUAUCGUCGUAUCAGGGAUGCUUCUGGGAAUGCUAAUCGCCCGUCUCUUGUCCGGCGUCGUUGCUAAGUUCAUUGGGUGGCGCUAUAUCUACUGGAUCUCCUUCGGCCUGCAAUACUUCAUCCUAGGCUUGUUGUAUCUGUUCAUGCCAGAUUACCCUUCAACAAACCCUGGCGAGAACAUCUUUAAGAAGUACCCGGCGUUGUUGUGGGAUAUUGUGAAGCUCGUGCUCAAGUAUCCCGUGUUGGUCCAAGCAUGUCUUGUUGGGAUGUUCACUGCGACGACCUUCACAAGUUUCUGGACAACCCUCACUUUCCUCCUUGCCGGCUCCCCAUACCAUUACAAUUCCUUGGUUAUCGGUCUUUUCGCUUUGAUCGGCAUCGGCAGCAUGACUUGGGGUCCCAUCUUCGCCAGGACAGUCAUGGAGAAGCAUCAACCCCUGUUUUCAGUCAUCAUUGGCGAACUUAUUUGUCUGCUUGGCGUGGUGAUUGGGACAUAUACCGGCAAAUUUACGGUCGCUGGCCCCAUAAUUCAAGCCGUUGGAAUCGAUAUCGGCCUGCAGACCAGCCAGAUCGCGAACCGGACUGCUAUUUACAAAGUUGCACCGAAGGCAAGGAACCGGGUCAAUACAGCUUACAUGGUCAGCGUUUUCGUGGGGCAGUUGAUCGGUACUGCUGUUGGAAACUCGCUCUAUGCCGAUGGCGGUUGGAUCUCCUCAGGGUCGGCAAGCGUCGGCUUUGUUUCUGCAGCAUUGGUCGUGUGCUUCUUGCGCGGUCCACAUGAGCAAGGCUGGAUAGGUUGGCGAGGUGGAUAUAACAUGCGCCAAGAAGUGCCGAAGAAAACCACAAACAAUCCAAAUGAUACGGAGGCUGUCCCGGUCCGAGACUCGCCUCAGCCAUUCAGCGAAGAGAAUGCAGAAAAAGCCGUUCAAGUAGAACAGGAAAUCGAGGUGCAGGCUCACGAUGAGAAUCGUGGGAACGACCAGAGUUCGCGAUCCUCGCAACGUACUCUCAGUGAGGAGAUUCAGCCUUACAGGGAGAAAGACUAG